AUGUCUUCUCCAGCAACCUCAUCACAAAGUUUGUCAUCGCCAAGAGCUUCUUCAGUUGCCUCAAGCAAUGUAUUUGUUAUAAACGCACUCGAGAAAAUUGCAGCAUCAAAAGAGAUUCGUCGAAACAAAUCUCUAAAGGAAGCCGUUGAUAUAGCUUCAAAUAUGUUGAAGAAUAAUGAGCCAGCACCAGAAGGACAAACUCGAUCUUCUGUCAUUUUGACUGCACUUCAAGCGGCUAUCGAUACACGUUCAGCUAAUUUGAUGACCAUAUCACUCGAUUGUCUUGGCAAAUUUAUCACAUACAACUAUGUAGCUGACAUGGAGGACGAGGUAGCACAAACACAAGUAAUGGAAAAAGUAGUGGAUGGCAUAUGUGAUUGCUUUAUUGGUGAAGAAACCGAUAAAAAGGUUCAGUUACAGAUUAUCAAAGCACUCUUGGACGCGGUCUACUCAACAAGCAACCCACUUCAUCUGUCAGCACUAUUAAAGGCAGUCCGAACGACUUACAACAUAUUCUUACUAUCUAGAAAUAAUGAUAAUCAAAAUGUAGCACAGGUAACAAUGACGCAGAUGGUUUACCAUAUAUUCAGAAGAGUAAAACGGUAUCCGAACGAAAUACCAAGACAAGAAGAGGAGAGCGAACUAAAAGAACAACAAGAGCAGCAACAACAACAAGAACAAGAACAGCAGCAGCAGCAACAGAAUGGUAACAAGGGCGAAGAAAACUUGCAAAACGGUGCAGAGGAUUAUCAACAGCAGAUCAUUGUCGAAGCAAAUAUGGCAAGAACAGAAAUGAAUCAAAAGGCACCAAGUGGGAAGAGUAAAGAUAACUAUCAGGAUAUACUGAACGAUACAGCAAAUAUGUUUCAAGAGGAAACAAAAGAUAGUCUUGCGAUAAAUAGUAUAUCAAACGCAGUAGCAGCUAGUGGUACAUCCCACGAUGGGCCUGAAAAAGCUGAAUUAAAUCAUAACGAACCUAAUGAGAAUAGAGACUCGUUUGAAAAUGACAAUAUUCAAAAUGGUGAAUUUGAGACAGAGGCAGAUCUUUACAUCAAGGACGCUAUUCUCGUAUUCAGAGCCCUUUGUAAGCUGUCAAAAAAAUCAAUUCAAGCCGAAUGGGGUAAUGACAUGAGAUCUUAUUCUAUGCGUUCAAAGUUGUUAUCAUUGCAUUUGAUUCUGACAAUCAUGACUUCACAUAUGGACGUAUUCACAUCAGACCAAAUCUUCUUUUCCACAUCAGUACCAGAUCCUAGCGGACGUAGACCCAAUCCGUUCAUUUUAGAAGUCAAGCAGUACCUAUGCCCUAGCUUGGGUCGAAACGCAUUCUCAGUCGCACCACAAGUAUUUGACAUCACACAUGAGAUUCUUUGGACCGUAGUUCAGGGUUUACGUGUAUACUUGAAGACCGAGAUUGAAAUAUUUUUCAAGGAGAUCGUACUGAAAAUACUCGAGAUGCGCAAUGCUUCAAACCAACAGAGAUUUUCUUUGCUCAAGGGACUCUUACGAAUCUGUGAAGAUCCUCAGACGCUAGUCGAUAUUUAUAUUAACUAUGACUGUGAUCGUGAAGCACUAGACAACAUCUAUGAACGUCUUGUUCACGUCCUUUCAAAGAUCACGACAUCACAUCAUCAUCAGCAGACUCCCAACAGUAAAGAUUUCGACCACCAUGGUGUUCCAUCUGAUGCACCACAGCACUCCAAUAUUCAUUCGCACUCAGUCAUGAUCCCUCCACCUCUGACAACUGCUACCAUUCUGCAUAGCGAUAAGCAAAACCAAACAUCUGCGAUGCCAGAAUCUGCAAUACGGUUCAAGUCAUUGGAAUGUCUUGUCGCCGUCCUUCGUUCCCUCGUGGGUUGGUAUACAAAUAACUCUGUAAGUAUUACGGCGGGUGAGAACAAGGACGAAGACACCCCUCGUGAAAGUGAAGAUCAGUCAGGUCAUAACAGCAUGGCCAAUCGUCUAUCCUCUAAUGGAUCAUCCUCUGCUCUGAGCAAUAAUAAUAGUACCACACGCUUAGAUGACCCCGAAGAGUUUGAAAAUUUGAAGCAUCGCAAGCAACUUCUUCAAGAAGGCAUACGUCAAUUCAAUUGGAAGCCAAAGAAGGGUAUUAAUUUCUUGUGUGAACAUGGAUUCUUGGACAAGAAUGAUCCCCGUGGCAUCGCCUUGUUCUUGCUGAACACAGAGUCCUUGAACAAGACAGCUAUUGGCGAGUAUCUUGGAGAGCAUGACGAAGAAAAUAUUCGCAUUAUGCAUCUGUUUGUUGACGAAAUGGACUUUUCUGGUAUGAAGUUCACUGAAGCGUUGAGAGCAUACCUUCAAGCUUUCAGAUUGCCUGGUGAAAGUCAAAAGAUUGAUAGAUUCAUGCUCAAGUUUGCAGAACGAUACCUUCACGGCAAUCCUACAGUAUUUUCUAGUGCAGAUCCUGCUUAUGUCCUUGCCUUCUCUGUCAUCUUGUUGAACACAGAUCUUCACAGCCCUCAGGUGAAGAGACGAAUGACAUUAGAGGACUUUUUAAGAAACAAUCGAGGCAUUGACGAUGGAGCGGAUCUUCCUAAGGAGCUUUUGGAAGCAAUCUUUGAAGAAAUUCAAAACAAUGAGAUCAAAAUGAAAGACGAAGUAGAAGGAGCUAAUGAAAUGGCCCUUGUGAACAGUACAAAUACGGGCGUUCUUGGCAUGGGUGGUAUUCAAAAUGCACUUGUCAACGCAGGUCUUACGCGUGAUGUCCGUCGGGAAGCUUAUCAGGCGGCUAUUGAAGAGAUGGGAUCCAAAGCAGAGGCUCUCUUUCGUAGCGUUCUUACGAGCCAUCGCCGCGCAGGAGAGAAUGACACAAUCACUUUCUAUUCUGCUUCACAUGUGGAGCAUGUACGCCCCAUGUUUGAAGUUGCCUGGAUGGCGUUUUUGGCGGGCAUAUCUGGACCUCUUCAAGAAUCAGACGAUCUCGAGACAGUUAACCUUUGCCUAGAAGGAUUUAAGCAUGCCAUUCGUAUCAUUUGUCUGUUCCAUACAGUACAGUCAGAGGAUGUCGACUUGCAAAGGGAUGCUUUUGUGACGACACUGACCAAGUUUACCUUCUUGAGCAAUCUUAAUGAGAUGAAACCAAAAAAUGUGGAAGCAAUUCGAACUUUGCUCGAAGUCGCAGCGGCUGAUGGAAAUUACUUGAAGGGCUCAUGGAAAGAGAUUUUAUCGACAGUCAGCCAGCUAGAACGAUUCCAGCUUAUUACCAGUGGAUUGGACACAGGACAUAUGAUAGAUUCCGGUAAUCACAAGAGAGUACCAUCUGUAAAGGCAUCUAUGGAUGUUGGUCGCCGAACAUCCACCAUGGGUAAUCGUAGUCGCAUGCUCACAACAAACAGUAGAGCAAACACGCAGUUGUCUCUUACUGAAGAAGUAGCUACAGCCAGUUCAUCACAAUCUUUAAUUAUUGCUGUGGAUCGUUUGUUUACUUCUACAGUAAACUUGAAUGGGGACGCGAUUGUAGAUUUUGUGCGUGCACUGUGCGAGACUUCUUGGGAAGAGAUCGUGUCAUCUGCUCAUAUGGAGCACCCUAGGAUGUACAGCCUUCAAAAGCUUGUAGAGAUAUCAUAUUACAACAUGAACCGUAUUCGUAUGGAAUGGUCCAACAUCUGGGCUAUACUUGGUGAUUACUAUAACAAAGUAGGCUGUCAAUCCAACUUUAAUGUGGCGUUCUUUGCUCUGGACUCUUUACGUCAAUUGGCAAUGAAAUUUUUGGAAAAGGAGGAACUACCUCACUUCAAAUUCCAAAAGGAUUUCCUAAUGCCCUUUAGAGAGAUAUUGGCGAAUAAUCCAGAAGUGGCUAUCAAGGACAUGGUGUUGCGCUGUUUAUCACAAAUGAUCCAAGCACGACCACAUCAUUUACGCUCUGCAUGGAAGACGAUGUUUUCGGUCUUUGCUACAGGUGCACGAGAAAGCUCAGAGUCGAUUGUACAUAUGACGUACGACAUUGUACGCAGCAUCACCAACGAACGAUUUGCCGACAUUGUAGCCAACGGUACCUUUCCGGAUUAUAUAUCCUGCCUUGUCGAAUUCUCCAAGAACGAGCGGUUCCAAAAGAUCAGCUUGCCGGCAUUAGACAUGAUCAAGGCAACGAUUCCUAAAAUGCUUGACAUUGCUAAUAAAAGCACGCCUCUGGAAAUAACGGACGCUCAUGCAACAAAUAAUAUACAACAGACAAACCCUGAUGACUUCUUGAUCAAGUUUUGGUUUGCCGUCUUGUUUGGAUUGAAAGAAAUUGUGAUGCAUAGCGAUGAUGUUGAAGUACGCCAGCGCGCUUUAGAGUAUCUCUUUGAAACUUUAAAGCAACACGGCUCUUCAUUUACACCUGAAUUCUGGACAACUGUCUCUCGCCAGAUCGUAUUCCCUCUAUUUGAUGAUUUGAAAGGCGAAACCAGUAAAAGGCAGCGUAUGACGGCCGAGGAUCUUAGCGUGUGGUUAUCGACUACGAUGAUUGAAGCACUUCGCAAUGUAGUUGAUUUAUAUACUUUCUAUUUUGAUAAUAUGAAAGAAAUGAUGAGCCAUGUAUUAGGCUUAUUUAGCAUGUGUAUCACUCAAGAUAACGACACACUUUCACACAUUGGUUGUGAAUGUUUGGAUCAGUACAUUCAGUCAAAUAUGGAAAAGUUUGAUGGAAACUGUUGGAAUCUGGUGACGCAGACGUUGAAGAUGUUAUUUGAGGAAACAACAGCGUAUGGUCUGUUUGAUGAUACACAAGAUUUGGUUGACGUAGUAAAGAAACUGUCUUUAGGAGUACCAAACGGCGAAAACCAUGAGGUAUCGUUAAAUCUUGUAAUAAGCCCUGCGAGACAAAGAGAGUUCCAACAAGUGAUUAUUAAAUGCGUACUGCAACUGAUGCUUAUCCAAACCGUCAAUGACAUGUUAGCCAAGGACAACGUGUAUUGUGCCUAUCCUGCCUCACAUCUUAUGGAGCUCAUGGAAUGCCUUGGUAAAUCCUUCCAUUUUGCUAAAAAGUUCAACAAUGAUAAUGAUUUACGAAUGGCACUAUUCCGAUUUGGAUUCAUGAAGCAACUACCUAAUUUGUUAAAGCAAGAGACCUCCAGUGGAGGAUGCUAUGUAUCUGUAUUGAUGAGAAUGUAUGCUAAUUUAGAGAAUAUAAGUGACCGAGAUGAAAAAAGGGAAGAGAUUGAAAGUAUUCUGAUACCACUUUGCAACGAGAUAUUUAUUCUAUACGCUGAACUUGACCAUGAGACGAAACCAAAGAACAUUGCCGCUUGGACUCCGGUUGUUGUAAAUAUACUACAUGGUUUAGCACAAUUACAAGAUGAAGAUUUCCUACGACAUGUACCUCAAUUUUACUCUCCUUCUAUUGAACUACUAGGUCAAGAUAAUCUACUGCUGGAGAUUCGUAAGGCAUUACGUACUUUAUUAAUUCGUAUAGGAAAGACAUAUCAUAUCACAAAAACAUAA